AUGGAGGGGAUUACGAGGGCGCAACCGCCACCAUGCGCACCCAAACUUCCAUCGUUGGAUAUAGCUGACAUGCAGGGGAUGGAUUUUCCAAUGUACGUGUAUAAAUCAAGACGGGGUAUGAAGCGCGGGGAUGAGAGCAGGGAAACCUACAAACUGCCACAUCGACUAAUCGAAAAGAAAAGAAGAGACAGAAUCAACGAAUGUAUUGCCCAGCUCAAAGAUUUGCUGCCAGAGCACCUCAAACUUACAACGCUGGGUCAUUUGGAGAAAGCGGUGGUGCUGGAGCUCACUCUGAAGCACGUGAACGCUUUGAACAGUCUCCUAGAGCAGCAGCAGCAGAAGAUCAUGGAACUGCAGAAAGACCUACAAAUGAGUGACCAUGGAGGUGACACCACAGAAGUCAGUGAACAGAUGUUCCGUUCUGGUUUCCACCUGUGUGCGAAAGAGGUCCUCCACUAUCUGGCUCGCCGGGACAGCAGUCAGGAUCUGAUGCCGUCCCAUGUCAUCAGCCACAUCCACAAGGUUGCUUCCGAGGUUCUACAACAUCAAAGCGACACGCUCGUCGGUGAGUCCGUCCAUCAGAAUUCAGAGAAACCGAAGAAAAGCUCAGAACAGCCUUCCAGAGCUGCCGACGGUCCGUCCAAGAACUGUGUCCCCGUCAUUCAAAGGACUUACCCUGGCGGCUUAGGAGAGCAGAGUGGCAGUGACACAGACACUGACAGCGGCUACGGGGGCGAACACGACAAACGUGACCCCAAAGCCCGGUGGUCGGACAGCCACAGAAAGGAGGAAGAUCUUAAGCACAGUGACGAUGUCAAGCACGAGGAGGGCGAGCCUUGCGCUAAGAAGUCGCGGUCUGACUCCUCCGGGGACGAAAGCCUCCCUGGUCCUAUUGGCAGUUACGUACCAUUCUCCCCAAACCAGCACCAGCUCUGCCUCCCCUUCUAUCUCAUUCCACCCGCAGCCGCCGCAGCGGCGUACCUGCCAAUGCUGGACAAGUGUUGGUACACAGGCGGCAUGCCAGUAAUGUACCCUGGAAUGAGCACCUCUACGUCCAGUUUACCCCCAAAAACCCUCUCCCCACCUCUUAUGUCCCAGAGGGUAGUGUCUCCAGUUCCACGUCAGAGUCCCAUGGACCCACCUGUACUUCACAAAGUUUCAAAACAGGACUCCCCGUUAAGCUUGGAAACCAAAGAGUAA